ACGCCCAGAAGCCCCAAGUGUACACGCUGUGGCGACAAGGGAGGCGAGUUCAUCCCCAGGGCUCCAGGGUGGCGAGGUCCUCGAGAAGAGUGGUAGCUUCUCUUCUUGCCUCCUGCAGUCUAGUCCAGAGCAGGGGACACGGUUCUGGUCCCCGUGGGUGUCACCUAGCGUACCUGAUGGUGCAGUGGUUAGCGAUGCUGCAGCUGCUCUGGCUGCAGCUGCUGCUGCUGGGGGUUCACCGGGGCAGCGCCCAAGAUUUGACUCACACCCAGGAACCGACCCUCGAGUGGCGUGAUAAAGGAAUGUUCAUUAUCCAGAGCGAGAGCCUGAAGACAUGCAUGCAGGCAGGUAAAUCUGUCCUGACCCUGGAGGACUGCGAGCAGCCAAAUGAGCGCAUGCUAUGGAAAUGGGUUUCUGACGACCACCUCUUUAAUGUGGGAGGCAGUGGCUGCCUAGGUCUGAACAUAUCUACUCUGGACCAACCGUUAAGGCUCUAUGAAUGCGAUUCCACCCUCGUUUCCCUGAGAUGGCAUUGUGACAGGAAGAUGAUCGUGGGCCCACUCCAGUACAAGGUCCAGGUGAAGCCUGACCACACAGUGGUGGCAAGGAAACAGAUCCAUAGGUGGAUCGCCUACAUGUCCAGUGGUGGGGACAUUUGUGAGCAUCCUAACAGAGAUUUAUAUACAUUAAAAGGGAAUGCAAAUGGGAUGCCUUGCGUGUUUCCUUUCCAGUUCAAAGGUCAGUGGCACCAUGACUGUAUCCGAGAAGGGCAUAAAGAGCGCCUGCUGUGGUGUGCCACUACAAGCCGAUACGAAGAAGACGAGAAGUGGGGAUUCUGCCCAGAUCCUACCUCUAUGAAGGUGUUCUGUGACGCUACGUGGCAAAGGAAUGGCAGUUCACACAUUUGCUACCAGUUCAACCUGCUUUCGUCUCUGUCUUGGAACCAGGCCCAUUCUUCAUGCCUGAUGCAAGGAGGCGCUCUGCUAAGCAUGGCAGAUGAAGAUGAGGAAGCUUUCAUAAGGAAGCGCUUGAGCAAGGUAGUCAAAGAAGUGUGGAUUGGUUUGAAUCAGCUGGAUGAGAAGGCUGGCUGGCAGUGGUCUGAUGGAACACCACUCAGCUACCUGAACUGGAGCCAAGAGAUAACUCCUGGGCCAUUUGUUGAGCAUCAUUGUGGAACCUUGAAUGUUGCCUCAGCUGUCUGGAGGAGCAGGGACUGCGAGUCCACCUUGCCUUAUAUAUGCAAACGGGAUCUAAACCACACUUCGCAGGGAAUCCUGGAAAAGGACUCCUGGGAGUACCAUGCCACUCACUGUGAUCCUGACUGGACUCCCUUCAACCGUAAAUGCUACAAACUUAACAAGGACAAAAAGAGCUGGCUUGGGGCUCUGCACUCUUGCCAAUCUAACGACAGCGGGUUGAUGGACAUAGCCUCACUGGCAGAGGUGGAGUUUCUUGUAAACCUCCUUAGGGAUGAAAAUGCAUCAGAAACGUGGAUUGGUUUGAGUAGCAAUAAAAUCCCAGUUUCCUUUGCGUGGUCCAGUGGCUCCUCUGUCAUCUUCACUAACUGGUACCCUCUGGAGCCUCGAAUUCUUCCUAACAGAAGACAACUGUGCGUCUCAGCCGAGCAAUCUGACGGACGCUGGAAAGUGAAAGGUUGUAAAGAAACACUCUCUUAUAUUUGUAAGAAAGCAGGGCAAGUCCCUAAUGAUGAGGACUCCGGAUGUCAAGCGGGCUGGGAGAGACACGGCAGAUUCUGUUACAAAAUCGACACAGUCCUGAGAAGCUUUGAGGAGGCUUCCAGUGGUUAUUACUGCUCUCCUGCCCUCCUGACCAUCACCAGCCGAUUUGAACAAGCUUUUAUUACCAGUUUGAUCAGUAGUGUGGCAGAAAAGGACAGUUAUUUUUGGAUUGCUCUUCAAGACCAGAGCAAUACGGGAGAGUACACUUGGAAGACCGUGGGACAGAGGGAGCCGGUGCGGUACACAUACUGGAACACACAUCAACCCAGCAAUCGCGGUGGCUGCGUUGUCGUGCGAGGAGGAAGUUCACUUGGUCGCUGGGAAGUGAAGGAUUGUAGCGACUUUAAGGCAAUGUCUCUGUGCAAGACACCAGUAAAAAUCUGGGAGAAAACAGAGUUUGAAGGGAGGUGGCCCUUUCACCCCUGCUAUAUGGAUUGGGAAUCAGCCACUGGUCUGGCCAGUUGCUUCAAGGUGUUUCAUAGCGAAAAGGUCCUGAUGAAAAGAUCCUGGAGAGAAGCGGAAGCAUUCUGUGAGGAGUUUGGGGCUCACCUUGCAAGCUUUGCCCAUAUAGAGGAAGAAAAUUUCGUGAAUGAGCUGCUACAUUCAAAAUUUAAUUGGACACAGGAAAGGCAGUUCUGGAUCGGAUUUAAUAAAAGGAACCCACUGAAUGCCGGUUCUUGGGCGUGGUCUGAUGGGUCGCCUGUUGUCUCUUCAUUUUUAGACAAUGCUUAUUUUGAAGAAGAUGCAAAAAAUUGUGCUGUGUAUAAGGCAAACAAAACAUUGUUGCCCUCGAACUGUGCUUCCAAACACGAGUGGAUAUGCAAAAUUCCAAGAGAUGUGAAACCCAAUUUUCCAGACUGGUACCAGUACGAUGCGCCAUGGCUCUUCUAUCAAAACGCCGAGUACCUUUUCCACACCCACCCCGGGGAGUGGGCCACCUUUGAGUUUGUCUGCGGCUGGCUGCGAAGUGACUUCCUCACAAUUUAUUCUGCUCAGGAGCAAGAAUUCAUCCACAGCAAAAUCAAAGGGCUCUCGAAGUAUGGCGUGAAGUGGUGGAUCGGACUUGAAGGAGGAGGAGCCAGAGAUCAAAUUCGGUGGAGUAACGGGUCACCUGUGAUAUUCCAGAACUGGGACAAAGGAAGAGAAGAAAAUGUGGAUAGCCAGAGAAAGCAAUGUGUCUUCAUAUCUUCCAUAACAGGGCUCUGGGGGACUGAGAACUGCUCUGUCCCCAUGCCCAGCAUCUGUAAGCGAGUGAAGAUAUGGGUCAUCGAGAAGGAGAAGCCACCGACACAGCCUGGCACAUGCCCCAAGGGGUGGCUGUAUUUUAACUAUAAGUGCUUCCUGGUGACAAUUCCCAAGGACCCUCGGGAGCUGAAGACCUGGACAGGUGCUCAGGAAUUCUGCGUUGCCAAGGGUGGGACGCUGGUCUCCAUCGAAAGUGAAUUGGAACAAGCUUUUAUUACUAUGAAUCUUUUCAGCCAGACCACGAAUGUGUGGAUAGGCUUACAAAGUACUAAUCAUGAGAAAUGGGUAAAUGGGAAGCCUAUGGUGUAUUCUAACUGGUCUCCAUCGGAUAUAAUAAAUAUCCCAAGUUAUAACACCAUUGAAGUUCAAAAGCAUGUUCCUCUCUGUGCCCUCAUGUCAAGUAAUCCUAAUUUCCAUUUUACUGGAAAAUGGUAUUUCGAUGACUGUGGGAAAGAAGGCUAUGGCUUUGUCUGUGAAAAAAAGCAAGAUACCCUUGAACACCAUGUAAACGUGUCGGAUAUGAAUGCAAUCCCCAGUACGUUAGAAUACCGAAACACGACGUAUAAGAUAAUCCGUGGGAAUAUGACUUGGUACGCCGCAGGAAAGUCCUGUCGCAUGCACAGAGCAGAACUGGCCAGCAUUCCAGAUGCGUUUCACCAGGCCUUCCUCUCGGUUCUCCUCAGCAGGCUGGGACACGCCCACUGGAUUGGACUCGCCACCACAGAUAAUGGUCUGGCUUUUGCCUGGUCAGAUGGCACCAAGUCCCCUUUCACCUACUGGAAGGAUGAGGAGUCAGCCUUUCUUGGUGACUGCGCUUUUGCUGAUGCCAACGGACGCUGGCAUAGCACAGCCUGUGAGUCAUUUCUGCAAGGCGCCGUUUGUCACGUACUCCCUGAAACAAAGGCAUUUGAGCACCCAGUGCUGUGCUCAGAAACAUCAGUUCCCUGGAUAAAAUUUAAAGGUAAUUGCUACAGUUUUUCUACAGUCCUGGAGAGCAAGAGUUUUGAAGAUGCUCAUGAAUUUUGCAAAAGAGAAGGAUCUAAUCUGUUGGCAAUCAGGGAUGAGGCUGAAAAUUCAUUUCUCCUGGAGGAGCUUCUUGCGUUUGGGUCUUCUGUGCAGAUGGUUUGGUUGAGUGCUCAGUUUGAUAGUAACAACAAAACCUUAAGGUGGUUUGACGGAACACCCACAGAACAGUCAAACUGGGGCCUUCGGAAGCCAGACAUGGAACACCUCAAGCCCCAUCAAUGUGUUGUCCUGAGGAUCCCUGAAGGAAUAUGGCACUUUACCCCAUGCGAGGACAAAAGGGGAUUCAUAUGUAAAAUGGAAGCAGGCAUUCCAGCUGUAACGGCACAACCAGAGAAAGGACUAAGCCACAGCAUCGUUCCUGUCACAGUAACACUGACGUUGAUAAUAGCCCUGGGCAUUUUCAUGCUUUGCUUCUGGAUAUACAAGCAGAAUAGUGGAGUCUUCCAGCGACUCACGGGGUCUAGGGGUUCUUACUACCCUACGCUCAACUUCAGUACAACACAUUUAGAAGAGAACAUUCUCAUUUCUGAUCUUGAGAAGAACACCCAUGAUGAAGAAGUUAGAGAAGCUCCAGCUACAGAGAGCAAAAGAGGCCACAAAGGGCGUCCUAUCUGCAUUUCCCCUUAACAAGAUGCCAUUAUAGUGUGAAUUGCACCUCUGUUUUAAUUAAUCUUCAAGCACUGGUUUUGAAUUUUAACCAAAUCAGAUGGGAUUUAAUGUAUUCAUUUCCUUUAACCGUGGCCAAUUCUGAAAAGGGGCACUGGUUAUUAUUUUAAAAGACAAGAACUAUUAAAUAGAAUUCUCAAGCCAGUCUGGUAAGCAUUCAACAUGUAAGUACACUCAUACAUUCAGAGAAAGGGGGCAUGUCCUUUCACUCUAUAUAGUGGGAUGGUACUUCUGGGAGUCAGGGCUUGUUUGAUUCUAAUUCAACCAUUUUUAAAUGGUGUGGUUUGGGAAAAUCCUAAAUUUUAAACUUCAGGUUCUGAGCUCUCAACUAAUACUUUGAAUGACAAAGUUUUAUUAGACCUGAUUCUCAAGUUAAAUGGGAGAAAUGCCACCUUCUCUGAAAUAUGAAGAACUCAGUAGACGGGCACUCCCAGGAACAACCAUACAGUUUACAAUGUGCCAUAAAACCUCACCUGUUAAGUUAUUGCCAUGAUUUAAAGAUAUCUAUUAGGUACACUUAGAGAAAUGCAUUGAGAUUUCAAUAUUGUCAAAGUUUAUGGACCUUACUUAUUAAAAACUAAAAUCUAAAGUUAUAAAAUACUAUAUAACAAUCUUUUGUUAUUGUUCUGUUUUGUUUUGUUUUCAAGACAUAGCCUGUCUGUAUAAACAGUCCUGGCUGUCCUAGAAUUCACUUUAUAUGCCAGGCUAGCCUCAAACCCUCCGCCUCUGCCUCCCAGUGCUAGGAUUAAAGGUGUGUGCCACCACUACCAGGCAAUAUGUAAUCUAACCAGGACUUACAGAAUAGAUGUAACUCAAACUUAAAGAGAAAAAAAAUGAAAAUCUGAAUUGUGCUCUCAUUAGAACCAAAUUAGACAAGAUGUUGAAAAAAAUACUGAAUAAAAUGACCCUGGAGUUGGUGUUUUAAAAUAAACUGUCAAUUCUGACCCUCUCCUUUUCGUCUUGGAUUAGUUGAUGCCAUUGGUUGGUUAAUAAGGAUUAAGAGUAUGAUAUUUAGGGCCAGGAGACAGUUCCAUUGGUAAAGUAUCUGCUGUGCCAUCUUGAGGACCUGAGUUCAAAUCCCUAGUACCCACAUAAAGACUAGGUGCAGUGGUGCACAUCUGUAACCCCAACUCUGGGGUGGGUAUGGGACAAAACCAUGGGAAUCCCCCUCCAGUCUAUCCACGUUGAUGAAUUUCAGGUUCAGUGACAGACUUUAUCUCAAAAAACUAGCAUGGGAAAAGAUAUCUAAUGUUAGCCUUUGGCCUCUGUAUGUCCGCACACAUAUAUGUGCAUGCACCCUCACACACACACACACACACACACACACACAAAUUAAAUUUUUAAAGUAUAUUUCCUGUGUAUUAAAAUGUCACAGGUUUGAUAUUCCUUCAUUAAUUUAUGAUAAAUAAGUGUAUCCAUAAUCAAUAGUGAGAGGUUACUUGCCACGUAAGUGUUUACUGAGUGUCUUUAUUAAGAUAGAUCUCUGUUCUAGCAGCAGAUCUGGGGUGAGCAAGUCAGGGUGGUUUCUAUGCUCAUGACACGUUAUCCCAGGGAAGCAAUCUAUACACAGACGACAGGAGGUAGCUAUGAAAAUCAAGUAUGGUCCCCGCGAUAAACAUGGGCACUCUCAGGCUUGCCUCAGUGUGCAUUUCUGCCAGUACCAUCAAUGGUCCUGGUGCUACCUGCCACUCGUCACAAGGGGGCGCUCUGAGAAAAAGUAUGAAUGUGCUCUGCUCAGCAAACUGGGAUCCUUAGCAGUACAACCUGAAGACUAGAGUCCCUGUAGACUAUUACAAUGAAUACAGCUCCCUGUCACAGCUCUUUGCUACUACUGUUGUGUAGUUGACACGCUGGGACACUUGACUCUCUUAUUUUUUUUUCCCAAGUCAUAGGACUUAACUUUUAAAAGAACAUUAUAUUAGGUGGCUCAAAAGAACUAACCCGAUGGUAUAAAAACUCAAUUUAAAAAACUCUCAAGUGAAAUUAAAAUUCCUUUUAUUUCGGUGGAUUUGAUGAAGCUGUGGUCAAUUAGCCUCCCAGUAAAAGUAUAGAGUCACACAUAACAAUGGGACAAAAGUAUGCCCUUGCAGCCGUGGCUUUGCUGAAAGAGAUGAGAUCCUGUGUUGAGCCUGACCUGCAGCCUGUCCCCAUGAGCAGAUCUGCACUUGUUCCCAUUGCUGAAAUUUCAGAAACAUAUAGUACUAAGGGACUGGCUUUUUUCACAUAUGAACCCUUUAAAAUCCUUUCUAUAGCUCUCUUCUUCUUUCAUUAAUUUAAAAAUAUUUUUCAUACAAUAUAUCUUGAUCAUAUUCUCUCUCCUCUCAGACCUUCCCCACCUCCUUCCCCAUCUGACUUCAUAUUCUAUUUCUCAACAAUACAAUUAAAAUAAACUAACAAAAUAGUAAG